ACCAUGGAGACCUUUGUGCUGUUAUCGCUGCUGCUGGCGUUCGGAUGUGUGACCAUCAACGGUGCACCAGUGGAACAUGGUGGUAUGGUAUUAUUUACCGUGUAGAAUACACCAUCCAGGAGACCACCUGCCCCCACAAUGCAGAAGCAGUGACAGCUGAGAGGUGCCCUCACAUGGACUGCGAGUUUGCUCACAAGGGCUUCUGUAAGGCAACCCACAUACGGAGUGUCACUGGUGAGAAUAUUGAUGUAGACUGUGAGAUCUAUGAGCCUGAGGCUGCUGAGAGAGAGAAGAAGCUCCACCUGCUGGGCGGUCAAGAUGCAGAUGCAGAUCAAAUACAACUGGCUCCCGGCCACAACCACAGUCACCUGCACGAGCACGAGCACGGUCACCACCAUCAGCUGGGGCAAGAACCCGCACCCCACAAUCAACCACAGGGCAUGUUUAUGAGGCUGAUAGAACUUGGCCAGCCCUUGACCCAGCAUACCUUCCCUACCAGUGCCCCUGAGGUUGGACUCAUUCUCCCUCUUAGGCCCGACCCUCAGAUUCCCGGACAAAUGGAACCCACCAUCGAGGCCUUCCCAACCUCGGUCUCAGCCCAGUGCCCCACCACAAAUGGAAAGUAUCAAGAAGUGGAGGAACUCUUCGCUAAAGACCCCACUUUCAAGUCAGCUGCAUGAGUGUAAUGAAAUUUCAUUGAAUACACGACUGUCAAUGACUGCUCACCUUUCCUGUCACUGUAAUAAAGACAGCGUGCAAAAACACAUUGUUCAA